AUGCCGGAGCAGGAGCUGGGACAACGAGCUGCUGCUCGCGCCCACCAAAAGCGCGACCAGGACCAGGAGCAGCACAGCGAAGACGAGGACAAGGAGCAGCUGGAGGCCCGCCAGCGCAAGGACAUGGAUAUGAACUCGUGCACACCCAUCGCCUUUGAGGCGGAUCUGCUGGCGGAGCGCACGCUCUUCCUCGUUGCACGCAGCUCGAGCUACGCGGCGCUGAUCGCCGGCAAGCACCACAUGUUCUGGAUUCAGGUGCAGGGAGCUUCAACAAAUCGCCGCGCGGACCCGUCAACGUGGGCGAGGGACUGCCGGCGGGCAGCAUCCUACGUGUUCGCGUGCAGCAGGAAGAGCUACCACCAUCGCCGACUUCGGGAGGGCGAGGAGCAACGCAGACUGAGGAGGUACACGCCGCUCGGCGCCGAGAAGUACGAGCUCGGACCCAUGUACACCUUCGACAAUCUGGCCCUGGGCAGCAAGGCGGACGACUACGUGGGUGUCGUGAACACCAUGAAGGGGAACCCAUGCGAGGACCCCGUCACGCCACUUAUACUGGGCACGGCGCCGCUGCUGUUGCACGUCUGCCACUCGUACGAAGCCGACGACUCAUGUUGA